UAAACUCAAGCGUUACCAAGACAGUAUCGAUUUUGAUAUUUUCUUUAAACUUGUUGUUUAACAUUUUUAAUUUAGUCUACCCAUAAUGGAGUACGAUUUAUCACGGAUUGAUUACAUCCUCUGCGGAAUUACAUAUCCGGAAACUUUAAAAAUACUACCCACUUUAGGUGAUAAAUUACAACAAAAAUUUGCAGUUGGUGAUAAAAGCGGGGUUUUUCAAUGUCUAGCGAUAAAGGAUGAAGAACCAGUCAUUCAGUUUAAGACAUUGCCGGGGAAACCCAUAACUUCUGUGCAAUUAGCAAUUUCUACGGGUUCAAACGUUGAUAAAAUUUUUGCAGCGUCAGGGAAUGAGGUGAAGGGUUAUACAAGAAAAGGGAAAGUGUUUUUGACUAUUGAAUCACCAGUUUCUGAAACAAUAACCUCUAUGUGUGUUCUCGGCAACGAUUUGAUAUUAUGCAGUGGACGUACAAUUACUUUCUGUAAAGAUUUUCGUGAAAUUACAACUUUCAUGUGUGAAGAUAGAAUUUUGGAUGCUGCUGCAUUCAAAGCUGUAAAUAGCAAUCGUAUACGACUACUUCUGCUUAUUGCCAAUAAAGGUGCAGUGGUAGUAGAAAAUGGUCAUGUUAUUACUCGCAUUUACAUUCAAUCAGGGCCAUCCCGCCUUUUAGUACCCCAGUCAAUACGUGCCACUGAUAUUUGUGCACUUUAUGGGGCCGCUGAUGGAUCUAUUGGAAUUAUUUCAUAUAACGAGUCACAAUUAACAAGUAAAUGCUUGGAAGAAGGACAAGGACUGGGAUCGGUUAUGUGUGUUGGUUGGUUUUAUAAUCAUGUUGGAACACAUCUCGCUGUUGGUCGUCACGAUGGAUCCAUACAACUCUAUCUAAUAAAUCCUGAGAAAUUAGAGGAGAAACUGCAACUUAAGUUUACAUAUUUUUGCGGAGAACCAGUUACAUCUAUUUCUGGAGGAUGCAUUGGUACUGAUGAACCCGAAUUAUUAGCCGCUACAUUCUCUGGUAGAGUCUUUGGACUUAGACCUCGUCGCCUUCUCUCAUCUACAUCUGUUCUUAACAAUAUUCCCGCAGAUGCUCUCGCAUCACGAAGACUUAAACUCGAAAACGAAGUAGCUCGUUUGGAGAAGCAAACUGGAAAUGAACGAGAUAAGUAUCAGAAAAGUACACGAUCGCUACAGAGCGGCCUAUCUAUGCCACCCUUGUUGGAUAUACAACACGAGUUAACGGGAGCUUCCAAAAACGGUUGGCAAGAAGCUAGAAUAAUAUCUGCAGUACCCCUUGAUAUGUUAUUCAUAUAUUGCAAUAACAAACUUGAAAUACAAACGGAAAAUGCAGCCGUUCUUAGCAUUUGUCCAUCUCAGGAACGAAGGUCUUCGGAAUUAUUAGCAACAAUAAGAUGCCAAGCUGGAACGAGGCGUUUAUGGAUACAAAUGCGAUAUUUUAAAGAUAUUUUAAUUACGGAAAGUGUAACGGUUUUCGUUUACGUUUUGCCGGCGGGAGCACCACGAGUUGCGAGACUCGUAAAAUUAAAAUUACCCGUAUUGCCGCACUAUUCGCUACAUACGGAUGAAAAUUUAGAAGAAUCUAAAAGAUGUUUUAGCGAAAUUCGAGUGAGAGGUAGUUUCUCAGUAGCUGAAGUUACGUCGUGGCUCAGUGAAGCCUUGCCAGAUACGCUGCCCAAACCUGCUAAGAAUGUAAUUUUUUUUCGAGCUCAUUCACUUUUAGGAACAUUGUUAAUUUGUCAAUAUCAGCGCAGCUCAGCAACUUUUAGAUCUGAUAAUGUAUCAACUUUGGUUCAAUUACGAGAUAUCAUUUUAAACUGUACUGUGAAAAAGGGAUUACGUGUGGAUAUUGCAUGUGAUGUACCAGAGUAUUGUUGUAUAAUUGCGUUUAGAAGUAUUAAAGAUUUGUUGAUUGCUGAACAUGGAAAAAAACAAGAAUUAAAAUUAAAAGAAGCCUUGAGUUCUUUGGAUCUAGACGCAAAUACAAUCAGCACUGAAGGUAAAUCAGUACUUUGUAGUGAUUAUCUACAGAUAUUGACAUCACCAGAAGCUUCAACAGAAACUUGUUUUGAAGAAUUAUCAUCAGCCAUUAAGGAUUGGUACAAAGACUGGUGUAAACUUUCUAUGGAAAAGAAAUAUAACAACCAUGACCUAAUUCAACUCGAAGAGGCUAUGCAAACCUGCAGGUUAGACUUUGUUGAAGAAAUAUUUUCGAUAAGAAAACAAGAUCUUUAAAAUUGUAUCCUAAAAACAAAUAGAUAUAAUAAAUUGUUGAACAUGC